AUGCGCUUCUCAACGCUUGCUAGCUUAGCUGCUCUCUUUGAGUUCACUACGGCUGGUAGAUGGACUGAAGAUUGGCCGUUUGCAGGUUUCCCCUCAUUUGCAAAACUGCCAUUUCAUACAUGUUUAGUCGAUAAUCCAGAAUUUGACAUUGCACUGAUUGGUGUCCCGUUCGACACUGCAGUGUCUUUCCGUCCAGGUGCAAGAUUCGGUCCUCAAGCAAUUCGCCGAGCUUCACAGCGUCAAAACGGUUUACGAGGGUUUAAUGCUCGUGCUGGUAUUAACCCCUAUGACAACUGGGCCCAUAUCAUAGACUGCGGUGACAUUCCUGUCACGCCAAUGGAUAAUCAAUUGGCGUUAGAACAAAUGAAUGCAGCUUAUGAUGAAUUGGUUAAUGGGACAACUACUAGUGGUAAUACCGCUGGAGCAUUACCAAGACUUGUGUCUCUUGGUGGAGAUCAUUCAGUGAUUUUGCCAGCAUUGAGAGCCCUACACAAGCACUACGGUCCCAUUUCUGUAAUUCAUCUGGAUUCUCAUCUUGAUACCUGGUCACCGGACAGCUAUCCAUCCUACUGGCAUAGCAAUACUUCGGAGUUUACACAUGGUUCUAUGUUGUGGUUAGCAGCACAAGAAGGUUUGAUAAACAAAGGCCACUGUGUCCAUGGGGGACUUCGCACAAGACUUAGCGGUGACGACUGGUCCGACUACGAGGAGGACGAUAGAGUUGGUUUCCACAGAAUCCACGCGGACGAAAUGAUGGAAAUAGGACCUCGUGGCAUAGCUGAACGUAUCAAACAAAUUGUGCCUAAGAACGUCCCAGUUUACCUAAGUGUAGAUAUCGACGUAUUGGAUCCAAGUGCUGCACCGGGAACAGGUACCGUGGAACCAGGUGGAUGGCUCACAAGAGAACUAAUCUCACUAAUUCGCCAGCUUCAAGAUUUACCACUUGUCGGAGCAGAUGUUGUAGAAGUUUCGCCACCAUUUGAUCAUGCAGAUGUAACCGCAAUGGCUGCUGCACAAGUAGCCUACGAGAUCAUCACCAACAUGGUGAAGACACCUUUAGAGCUAGAGACAAGAAAGUUUUUCUCAAAUAUGUAA